AGCAGAACAACAAGCACCAUCUAAGGAGGGUGGGGUGGACUUUGAGCGUUCAAAGCACUGUCCAUGCCUCCCAGUCAUCUGAUAGAGCCCAGCUGAAGGUAUAAAAGUCUCGAGCUGAAUCUGAGAAAUCAGUCUCCUCUGAGUACUCGCCAACCCCAAAGGAGAGAGCUUCAACGAACCCAUCAUGGGGGACUCAAAGCUCUGCCUUUUGCUGCUUCUGAGCACAUCUGCCUUGGCUUUUGCCCAAGAUGAAGAUCAGCCAACCUGCCUGCUGGCCAAAAGAUACAAGCCUCUGCAUAAGUAUGAAUACCUUUAUGAAGCGGAAUCUCUGAAUACCAUCAACGGAGCCUCACAGCUCAAGAAUGGACCCAAGGCCUCUUGCACGGUUGAAAUUGAAGUGCCCCAGACUUGCAGCUUCAUUGUCCGCACCACUGGCUGUAGCCUGAGUGAGGUUGUUGACAUGGACACAGACGGCAACCCUGUGUUCAGUCCUGCUGCCGGCUCUGAUGCCUUUGCUGCUGAAAUGGAGAGAUAUCCUCUGAAGGUUAUGGUUGAGGGUGUGUAUGAUGUGAAAUUGUAUCCUGAGGAUGGUGAGACAACAACCAUCCUGAACAUCAAGAGGGGUAUCAUCUCUGCCUUGGCUGUGCCUCUGCUGGAAGAAGACAAGAACAAGAAUAUGCCCACCAUCCAUGGCAUGUGCAAGACCUAUUACACCAUCAAUGCUAGAGAGGACAUUGCAACUGACAUCAGUCUCAACAGGGAUCUGUCCAGAUGUGACAAAUUUGUCCCAAUGAGAGAUCACACCAGCCCUCUGGCACUCAUCUCUGGCAUGCACUACCCUCUUGCCCAGCUGGUCAGAAGCUCCCAGACCUGCAACUACAAGUUUGACAAUGAGAAGAAACACAUGACCUCUGGCUCCUGCACUGAGAACCACAUCCUCAUUCCCUUCUCACACAAGGGAGAGUACGGUGUUACCAACACUGGAAAGCAAGAGCUGACCCUGGUUCAGGUUUCUCCUCACAACGACAGAGUCUUUGACCGAAGUGACAUUGCCAUGGGUCUUCACAUGGAAGCUGUUGAGGACAAGGCUCUUGUCCAGGAUAAAACCGCUUGUCUGGACCUCCUGAGAGAACUGGCCACUCUGCCUGAGACCCAGGGUGAGAGGAGGGCCCACCUCUUCCACAAGAUUGUCACCAUGGUCCGCGGAAUGAAGACUGAGACCCUGAGCCCUGCCAUUCCUGAGGCUCUUGCAGUGUCCCGUGUCCUGACCUACCAGGUUCUGGCUCAGUGUGGAACCCCUGAGUGCAGCAGUGCCAUCAUGCAGAUCCUCAGGACCUUUGACAGCUCAUCACUGGAGGUUGAUGCUACUGUUUUCGCUAUGGGACUUGUGUCCAAUCCCUCUGCCCUCCUGAUCAAUGACAUGCUUGAGAUGGCCAAAUACAAGAUCAGCAAGCCCAUCAUGUUUGCCCUGAGCAAUGUUGUCAAGAGGUUUUACAAAACUGAAGGGAAACUGAUCCCUGAGAUUUACUCUGUUGCUGAGUUCAUGGCAGCCCAGUUGGGAGACUGUUCUGGUGACAAAGACAACACUUUUAUGACACUGAGGGUUAUUGGAAACAUGGCUCCAGCUGUGGUACCUGCUAGUCCUGCACUCAGAGCUGCAGUGAUCCAAUGUGUGAACCAACCUGCAGCUUCCCUCGCUGUGCAGCAGGCUGCCAUCCAAGUAUACAGGCUGACUCCCGUGCCUGAAGAGGGCAGAGAGGUUCUCAUGCAGGUUCUCUUGGACAGUGCUAGCCCCAUGCAAAAGCGUAUUGCUGCAUAUCUGGUACUUAUGAAGGACCCCCAGCCAAGUGAACUGGCUCAGCUGACUGUUGCCUUGCCCAGUGAACAAGAUAGACAAGUCAGGAGCUUUGUGAUUUCCCACAUUACCAACAUUUUAUCCUCAACUGAGCCUGAGACCCAAGAGCUGAGACAGAAGAUUCGCGAUGCUCUGCAAGGUAAUGAGAUUGGUCCUAUCAUGGACCCCACCAAGUUCUCUCGCAACUACAAGGUUGGAUCUGUGGAAGGCAACAUGAUCUUUGAGGGCACCAGUUACCUGCCCAAGGAAGUCAUGCUUGAAAUGACUCUGAAGGCAUUUGGCUUUGACAUUGACAUGAUGGAGAUUGGUAUGGAGGGCAAAGGAUUUGAGCCAACUGUUGAUGCCCUGUUUGGAGAGAAUGGAUUCUUCCCCGACACUGCCCUGAAGACAAUGUACUUUGUGUCUGACAACAUGCCACUCAGAGUCAAUGAGAUCCUGCAGAACAUGCUGCCAGCUCUGAAGAAGUACACCAUGAAUAGACAGGCUUCACAGAACCUGAUGAGGGAAGUCGGACGCAACCUCAACAAACUGGUAAAGGAACUGAGCAGUGCACAGUCUCCAGAAGCCAUGGUGUAUUUGAGACUCUUAGGAAAUGAGCUUGGAUAUUUGAGGACCAAUGAAAUGGAGGAGAUGGCUUACUCUGCUGCCAUGAUGAUUGACAGCAUGUUCAAGAUGGUCCCUACAGAUCUAAUGAAGGAACUGAUGACUAAGGCGGACAACACAAUCUUUGCCCACUACAUCUUCAUGGACAAUGAAUUCUUCCUCCCUACUGUCACUGGUGUGCCUCUGAGGGUUGCACUGUCUGGUACAUUCACCCCUGGUAUCAAGGGAGGACUUAAGAUUGCUCGCCACAUGAGCGAAGUUGCCUUCAUGCCCUCUGCUGGCAUUGAGUUUGUAACUCAAGUUGGCUCCCACAUCCCUGAAUAUGUCAACUCUGGAUUAGAGAUGCACACCAACAUUUUCCACGAGAGUGGGCUCACUGCCAAAAUCUCCAUGGGACAGGACCAAGUCAAGCUGACUAUCCCUGCUCCAAUGACCCCUACCAAGCUCAUCAAAAUGACAAACAACCUGGUGGCAGUGACUGGAUCAGAGGUGAAAACAAUCCCUCCCAUGGUGAUGGACAAGGUUGAUGUUAGUGAGUGUACUCCCUUCUUCACUGGAAUGAAAUACUGCACUGCUCUGAAGUACACCGAUGCUUUCUCUCAAGAGACAGCCCCAUACUUCCCCUUCACCGGAGACAGCAAAUUUGCUGUGGAGCUCCACCCUACUGGUGAAGUCACUGAGUACACAGCCACCGUUGCCUAUGAGCUCCUCAGGGAGGGAGAAGAAGGCAGGCAGAAGGUUGACUCUGUGAAGUUUGUUCUGAGGGCUGAAGGUGUGGAGCCCACAGAAGCCAGAGCAAUCAUGAAAUAUAACAGAAGGAAGAAUGUCAUCACAGCUGACUUCCAGAUCCCCGACUACGAUGUGGAAGCUGGAUUCAGACUGGGUGUUGUUGACGGGAACACCAAGGGCAAAGGAACUCACUCCAUCUCUCUUGACCUGCUUAACAAGAACAUCCCUCAGCUCUCCUUGGUUGGCCGUGCCAGUCUGAAGGCCAUGAAGGAAGGUAUGCUGCAAGUCCAACUUCUUGUCCCCUCAAUCAACACUGACGCUACUUUCACGGCUAACCUGAAGCAUGAAGAAGAACUGGAAUUGGAGCUUGACAGUGACAUCAAGGUCAUGGAUGCCAAGUCUAAGCAGAACAUUGCAAUGAAAUAUGAUGCCAGCAAGAUUGAGGUUGAGAUCAAGUCUGAUAUGAAUACUGAGACUACCAUCUUGCCAAAUAAUGAUGUAUUUGAGAAGUAUGGCAACCAACUUCUUGAUACACAGGUGGGCCAGACCGAUAUGAAAGUCCGUCACAUCUUUAAGAAGUUUGUGGAGGCUGCAAACAACUACAUGGACAAGUAUGGUGAUGAUAUCCCUUACAUUCAGAACUUCAGAGUACCUGAUAUGCCUGAGAUUUCCCUGCCAGAGACAUUGUUUAUGAAUACUGAGGCAAAGGCUGUCUACUACUUCAACAAUGAGCGCUUCACCAUUACUAUCCCUCUCCCACUUGGAGGAAAGUCAACAGAGGAGCUCAACUUCCCACCAGCUUUAACCACACCUCACGUGUCUCUGCCCCAGUUUGGACUGGAGAUCACAUCCAUGGAGAUUCCAAUCCCAGAGCUUUUUGUCCCUGAGAGCCUUACUCUGUCUGUUCCUCUUUUUGGCAAAGCUGAGCUUUCAACUCUGAUGAAGAGCAACCUAUAUGACAUGGAGGCCUCAAUGGCUGCCGGCAAAGAUGUUGUGGAAACACCUAGCUACUCAGCUAAGUUUGAUGUGAAAGGAACUUCCCCACUUGACAUUCUCUCAAUAAAGAUUGAAGGCUCUGGAAUGUUGGCCACCACUGAUUCCAUCAAGGCCCACGUGAAAAGCUCUUUGGCCCAUAAAUUUAUUGAAGCCAGUUUUAGUAUUGUUGAAGAUGCAACCAUCACAGACACAAUCAAUUUGAGAUCAAGCAGCAAGGUCGAAGCCACAAGUCCUUUCGGUCUCAACAUUGCACUGGAGCACACUGGUAUGACUGGUGUCAACACUGAAGAAAUCACUGCCGAUAGCAAAUUUGAGGGAAUGUUCAAUGCAGGCCCCCUUUAUGGCAAGACCAUUUCAACCCAGUCGUUUAACAUCCUCCCAUUCAGGCCAGAAGCAAAGAUUGAUUCUUCUGUUCAGUUUGACUCCACGAUUUUGAAGGCCCAGAACACAAUUGCAGCAACCCUUGUUAAUGGGGAACUCUCAGUUGUGUCCAACACCAAUGCCUUUGAGAACACCUUGACCCAUGUUGUUGAUCUUUCCUUCAAAGACAGCAAGCUGUCACUGAAAUGUGAUGCCAGUGCUCUUGCUCUUGGUAUGACAAUCCGCAACCAGGCUGAAGCCUCUGCUGGUGCAGGUGAAGUAGUCCUAAGAAUAGAGACAAAUGCAGACCACUCUGAAAACCGUGUUUACUCUCUGCUGACUGCCUCUCUUGAUGUCAAUGGUCUGGCUGUAAACAGUGAUGCCACUGUGAAGCUCCUUGAGAAUGAGGGUACCCACAAGAUAACUCUGACAAUGAACAAGGAUGGUUUGACCACAAGUGGAACAACCACCCUCCAGAGCCCCCUGUCCCUGGAAAACACCUUCAGUGCUGGGCUUGAUGCUUCAAGGGCUACCCUAUCCAUUACCAACAAGGCUGCAAUGCGUGACAUCAAGGUUGAUAAUGCCAACACUCUGACAAUUACUCUCUCUAGCCUUGACUUCAACUCAAAGGCUGAAGCCAUUGCUAGUGAGUAUGCCUCUUACACUCAUGAUAUCACCAUCGACCUGAAACCUUACACUGCUUCAGCCAAUGUUAAUAACAACUUUAAACUUCUGGCUGCCCAAUUCAUGAAUGAGGCUAAACUGCAGGCAGAGCUUUACAAGAUGGAUGUGACUGGAAGCCUGAAAGCUAUCUAUGGAGAGGAAGAGAUCAAGCACACCUAUCAGGUUAACUAUGCUGAUAUGACUGCUAACGCAAAGUGUAGCACCACUGGUAAACUCUUUGGAACCCACAUGAGCCACAACACUGAGCUUGAAAUGAUUGGUCUUGCUGCCAGGAUCACUAACGAUGCCCGCUUCAACUCUCAGCCAAUGCGCUUUGACCAUACCAUCCGUUGCAGCAUUGUUCCUUUUGAUUUCAACCUUGAUGCCAUCUUCAAUGCUGAUGGAGACAUGACCAUGUAUGGAAAGCACAGUGCCCAGCUCUAUGGCAAGUUCCUCCUCAAAGCACAACCACUGGCUUUUGCUAGCUCACAUGAAUGCAGAGCAUCAGUCACCCAGCAGCUAGAUAGCGGAUUUUCCCUGGAGACCACAUUUGACAACAAGAUGGAUACUGUUCUGUCACUUCAAGAGCAGAAGACUAGUUUUAGAGUGAAGGCUAAAAUGAAUGAGCAUGCCUUUAAUCAGGACAUGAGUGUUUACAACACUGAUGAAAGAAUUGGAAUGGAAAUGUCUAACACCAUCCUCACAAACAUUAUCAACACAGACUCCACAGACAACCAGGAAUUCACCAUCUCUGGCUUCCUCAAGUAUGACAAGAGUACAAGCAGUCACAUAAUCCGCUUCCCUAUAAUUCAAAAUUAUCCUGUAAUUUUGGAAAGCAUCAAGGAUGUUGUUGUGCAUAUUGCAGAGGCACUGCACAACUACAUCAACAAUGAGGAGAUAAAGGCUAAACUUGAGGCUUUUCCCCAGUAUGUAAGUGAAUUUGUUUCUCAACUGAAUAUAGAUAGCAAGGUCACACAGCUGAAGCAGUAUUUCAAUGAUUUUAGCCAACAAUAUGUCAUCUCCAUGGAGGAUGUAGAAGCCUCUUUGACAAACCUGAAUGCUGCUGUUGCGAAAAUGCUCACUGAUAUCUCUAUUUACAUCCAAGAAUUUGCUGAUAUGAUGAAGGAGAUUAUUGCUCGUGGUGGCCUGCCUGAAUCCCUUGAUUUUGACAUCAAACCUAUGGUAUUAUAUGUGAUUGAUACAAUGAUGGAGAUGAUCCAGCAGAUUGACCUGAAGGGCUCUAGCAUUACAUAUCUGCGUAAUAUUGACAACAACUACAAAAUCAUGCUUAAACUUCAGAUGUUCCUGGAAGAGAUGAAGAGCUUCAUUGAGACCUUUGACAUUGCUGAGCUGAAAAGCUACAUUGAACUGGUGAGUCAGCAGAUUCCCAAAGACUUAUUCGGGCUAACAACAAAUUAUAUUAGCGAAAUGAUUCAGGACCUUCACAUUGUAGACAAGAUCAACACAUUCUACGCCAAGAUGAGAGACUUGAUUGUAACGUUUGAGGCUGACAAGAAGGUUCAAGCUUUGCUGGAAAAGGUUGUAGAGGUCAUCAAGCAGUUCAAAAUUGACGAAACCACUAGAGCUGUAGCCAAGAUGGUGAAAGACGCAGAGAUCCCUACUGUAUUCACAUACGUCCUCGACAGCGCCAUCAUUUAUUUGAAAGAAACCAAUGUGAGGGAUAUGAUUGAACAACUGAACAACUAUAUUGAAUUCAUUGUGGAGAAGCUGAAGUCAUUGGAUUAUAAUGAAUUUGUGGAUAUUGCCAAUCAAUGUAUUGCUGAGUACACAACAUACAUAAAUGAGCUAAUCAGGUCUCUUGAAAUCCCUCAGAAACUAGAGGCAACAAGAGAUUUUGCCAACUUUGUCCUAUCCUCUGCUAGAGGCUUCAUGGAUCACCUGAGAGAAAUCAAAGUUGCAGAAAUGAUGAAAUCAGUAAAGAAGAUGAUUGACACGGUUGUGUUUGAUGACCUUAAGAAAUUCGUCUCAAAUCUGGAUAUCAAACGUGACAUUGCCGCUUAUCUGGACGUGGUGAGCAUAUACUACACAAAGCUCAUGACCAUUGUCAUCAAUAUGUUGAAUUAUAUUAAGAGGGUCGCACCUGAGCAAAAGUUCAUCAGCGAAAUUCAUCAGAUCUUUUAUGGUCUCAUUACUGAACUGAAUAAGGCUGAGCUGAACACACCAUCCUUCAUUCUUCCUCUCACUAAUCUCAUUGUACCUUCCAUAAAGUUCAGGAUGGAUGAGCUUCAGCAAUUUGAAAUUCCAACACAACUGGACAUCCCUGAGUUCACCAUCCUGGGAUUCCACACUGUGGAGUCCACCACAAUUUCCUUUGAUGACAUGAAGCAGAGAAUCAUUGAAAUAAUUGAUUUCAUUGUAAACUUUGAGAUCAAAAUGGUUGAUGUGGAAGCUUUCUUUGGAGACCUAACACUGAACUACCUACCUUCCUUGCCUGAGAUAAACCUCCCAGAGAUCACUCUUUCUGACAUCUCAUUCCCUACCAUUCCCGAAUUUCCUGUGGACAAGUUAGUGAAGUCUCUUCAGGUUCCUGACAUCAAACUGCCAACUAUUCCAACUGAGAUCACAGUCCCAUGCUUUGGUAAACUCUAUGGUGAGAUUAAAUUCCAAACUCCCAUCUACACUGUCAAGACAUCUGCUGAGUUCCAAAACUCUACUGAGAAUGAAAUGACACCUAAGUUCACUGGAUUCAUUACUUCCCAGGGCAUCUCCACAUCUCCAAGUUUGGAAAUUCUGAAUUACAAACUUGACUCCACUGCUCACAUUGCAAUCCCCAAAAUGAGCCGUGUUGUCCUCAGAGAGACUCUAAACUUCAACCAUCUUGCUAUUAGAGUUGAACAUCAAGCAUCUGUUACUCUCUAUGGCCCAUCAGCCCAGGCACAAGCCAAGACUGCAAUGAAGGUUACCACUAAAAGUGUCACUGCUGACUUCAUGAACACAGCCUUUAUUGCUAUUGAAGGGGGGGUGACUGCCACUCUCGAUACAACUUACCAUCAUUUACUUGACCUCCCAUGGGACAUUAGAAAUGAGGCCACUCUAACCCAGAAGGUAAUUGCUCGCCAAGAUGGCUACACCCUCACACUAACAGUUGACAACGUGGUCAAAGGCAAGCCUGAUAGUAACGAAGACAACCACAAGAGCAACCUGCAGUUGUCAUUCACUCCUACCAUUGUGAAACUAACUUUCUCUGGUGACACAGACUCUACCAUCUUGAAGAUGAAACAGCAAAUUACUGCUGAAUCUGGCAUCCUUAGCUACGUCAAGUUUAACAUCCGCAAUGAGGCAGAGGCACCAAUCAUAAAGAACAGUCUUGUUGUGGCAUCUGGACAUGCUAAUCUUUUCGAUAUGAAGAUUGAGCUGAAGGCAAACCAUGAUACAGAAUUGUAUGGUGCAGUAACUGGAGUCCUGUCCAAUGGAAUCAACAUUGUAGUCCAACCUGUCGAGUUUAUCUUUGAAUUCCAAAACAAAGGAAAUGGCAAGGUCAAUUAUUUCGAAACUCUGACUGCUAAGAUAGAUCUGCAGAAUGAUUAUUCAGCCAUCUUCAAACCCGACAGCCAGCAGAUGAACACUGUAGCUCUGGCUCGUCUUAAUCAGUACAAAAUGUUCUACAACUUCACUGUUGGUAAUAACGAAAAUGAAGCUGGUGUCUUUGUUGCCAUGGAAAGUGAAGCAAAUCUUGACUUCCUGAAAUCCCCCAUCAGCCUUCCUGAGUUUGAUCUGCCUUUUAUUGACUUCCAUACUCCAGCUAUCACUGACCUGAACUUGUAUGAGCAGACCGGAUUGAAGCAUCUUUUGGCUACCACUGAACAGACUGUUGAUCUGGAUGCCAAGAUAGUUUACCAGAAAAUAAAGGCUGCCCCCAUUGUUGAUGUAAUGGGUCUGAUCCAGAUUCCCCCUAUGGGUAACAUGAUCACAGAACUGUCCCUCAAGUCUGCCAUCAUUAAUCUGAAUGUCAAUGCUGGAUUGUAUGCUGAGGAUGAUCUGGUAUUCCGUCUGGGAGCUACCACCACUUCUGUAUUCGAGAGCCUAAAAGCCAAGCUCGAUGGUACCACCAGUCUGACCACCAAGAGAGGAAUCAAGUUGGCCAAUUCCCUGUCCCUGGAAAAUCGUCACAUUGAAGGCACUCAUGACAGCACAGUCAGUAUGAGCACUGAAACUUUUGAAACUGCUGUCUCUGUGACUACUGUUGCGAAGAUUGCCCUCCCUAUACUCAACCUGGAAGCAAACCAAAACCUGGUUGCAGACACUACAACCAAAGCAAAUGCUGUCUCCACCUUGACAAUGAAGGGUGAUUUCAACAUCCCUGUGAUCAAAGCUGUUGGAAAUGUAGAGGCAAACCACAAUCUGAAGCUAGAGGGAACCUUUGAGGAUGUUUCCAUGGAGUCAACAACUAAGGCAAAGAUGGAGGGCACAGUGCUUGAAGACUAUGUCGUUUUGGGAGUCCUGGGUAAUGAGGUUAACCUGUUCCUGAAUUAUGAUGGCCUACGGUCCACCUCCAAGAUCAUUGCUGAUGCCAAACUUACCCAUGCCACCAUCCCAGUCAUCGCCAUGGAUAUAAUGGAGAAUCUUGCUGUUGAAGCCUCCCUGAGCCGUGUAUAUGCAGUGCUGAAGUAUGAUGGCAAUAAUGAAGUAAACCUGUUCAAUUUCAACACCAAGGGGAAGCAUGUGGCCCAGGCUACCAUUGAUUUUGCACCAGUGUCUUCCUUGACUGCUGAUAUUGAAAUUGAUGUGUCUCAGCCAAGUGACCUGGGUGAUCUCACCAUCUAUGAGAAAACUGUUGCUGAAGUGACAGCCGCCAAGCAGAAGAUCUCUACAAUUACCAAGUUUAUCAGCCCACUGUACACCACAAGCCAGAUAGCAGAAGUUGAAGGCAAUGCUCCAGUCUUCAAAGUCACCUUCAAGUCCUCUGCCACAUCUGUCAUUGUGUUCUUGGAAUAUGACAUGGAUGCUUUUACCACAGUAAACUUUGAGAAUGAAGCUCUGAGCAUGAAUAGCAAGGUUGUCCUGACACACGCUGAUCUGACCAUGGAUGUCAAUCAUGUCAUUGCCCAAGCCUUGAGGAGGAAGCGCCAACUUGAUGACAGUGUCUCUCGGCAAACAUUGAAUGUGGACAUCACCAGUCCAACUUUCACUGAUAUGAACCUUCGUUACGCUGCUCGCAGAGAUGGUAUCAGCGCUUCAGUAUCUACGCCAUCCACUGGCUUCCUCGGCCUUCAGUUCAAUGGCAGAAUCCCAUCUCAGAUGAGUGCAAGACUCUAUGGUCGUUAUCCUUCUGCCCCAGAGGUUGAUGUUGACAUCUUGGUCGUCAGAUCAUCUUCUAAGGAUACUGAUAAGAUGAACCUACAGAUUGCCUACAACAUGGAAGCACCCAAAGUUAUUCUCAAUGAACUGAAGACAAGAUUCCUUUACAUCAUCUCUACAUUCAGAGCGUUUGCUGACAAAUACCAGAUCACAGGGAACAUGGAGGAGUUGAUUAACUCUUUUGUUAACCGCAUCAAUGAGGCCUAUAAUGAUGCCAUCAGCUAUGACCUUCAAAUGAGCCAGCUGUCAAUUUUCUUCAGGAACAUCAUUGUCCAGUACCAGAAAACUGUCCAGGUCUUCCUGGAUGCUGUAAUCAAGAUGUUGAGGGAGACCCAGUUUAAACUGUUAGGGUCUGAGGAAAUGACCACUCUCCCUGAGGUCCUGAAGAAGCUGACCAGCAGCAUUGCUGCUAUGCUAGAUAAAACUAUCAAGAUUAUUGCUGAGAAUACAGAGUUCUAUUAUACCUCCUUUAUUGAGAAUAUCAGCAAUGUGAAACUCCGCAUGCCAGUUGGUGAUGCAAUUACUGGAGCCCACAUCAUAGAUCAGGUGAAAACAGCUUUCAAGAACAUCCUUGAUGAACUGGUGAACUUUGUGCAAAAUAUGGAGACUCUUGAUACAAUGCUAGUGAAGAUAGGUGACACUCUGAAGGCUAUUGUUGAGAAAUCUGGGGAGUUUGUUGAUUCAGUUAAGUCUGACUAUUUAGAUGCAGUGUUCAUCAACAUCAAUGUCCAACAUCGUAACCUUGUCAUAGCCAUAAAAAAUGUUGUUGACAAGAUCUCUGCCCUAAAUAUGGAGCAACUCAACAGUGCAUCUGAGUACGUUAUCGACAUGUUCAUCUAUGUGGUGGACCAGUUCAAUAACACUGUUUAUGGUAUCCUUCAGCAAGCUUCAGAGGAGGCUCAAGCCUACGUGAAAAUUAGUGAUGGAAGGCUUGAGAUUGACCUUCCAUUUCCCUUCCAACAGUGAAGAACCCUCACAGACUGAAGCAUAAGUCAAUAUGAAACACUACCACCUGUUCAAAAUACAUGCUUGGAAGGAGUAUGGACAUUUAACUCUUUAACCAUAUUUAUACCAACAAGUAUAACAAAGACACCUGUUGUAUCACUUUAAUUUCGAUAUUUUAUUGUGUACAAACUUUGAAAAUGUAAUCUUUUGCUAAGAUUCGCCUUUCUGCAAAGAAUGAAAAGCAUCAAUAAAAUACAUUAAUACUAUAUAAA